AUGGCGCCAAGCAAGAAGGGAUGGCAGAUGAUCGAGAUCAUUUCGGUCUUGGUCAGUCUGUGUUUCAUCUCUGUGGUCUUGCGAAUCAUUGCUCGCCUUCGGAGGAGAGUAGGGUUCGGUGUUGAUGAUUAUCUGAGCAUGGUGUCCAUGGUUCUCCUCGUUGCUAUGUUGGUCGAGCUGAUUCUUUGGUGUUCAAUUGGAGGCAAUGGAGCACACAUUGCGGAUCUCUCGCCUGAAACCCUCAUGAACUACUGGAAGAUCUUCCUCGCCAACCAAUUCACCUACUUCGUACUUUGCCCUUGUAUCAAGAUCUCCAUCAUCUGCUUCUACCGCCGCCUCUUCGCAACUCCCAAGUUCCAAAAGGUUUCCUUCGGCCUAAACUGCCUAAUCGCCGCCUGGGGCACAGGAAUCUUCCUAGCCUGCGCAGGACAAUGUCGACCCCUACGCGCAUAUUGGGACCACAGCAUCGAAGGAACAUGUUUCGACGCCCAACAAUUCAUCAUCGUCAACCAAGCCUUCAACGUCCUCAUGGACUUCGUCAUCCUCGUCCUACCAAUCCCAAUGAUCUGGAAUCUCCACCGCGCAUGGCAAGACAAGCUCGCCCUAAACGGAGUAUUUGCACUCGGCGCCUUCGUCUGCUUCGCUAGUAUCUACCGCAUCGUCGUUCUCUUCUGGAUCAGUCCCACAGACCCAACCUUCACCGUCUACCAGGCUACUCUGUGGACGCACAUCGAGCCUGCUGUUGGCUUGAUUUGCUCCAACUUACCCAUCAUCCGCGGACUGUUCCCGGCGCUUAAGCUGAAGAGCUCGCGCACUGGAACUGGUCCUGCGUAUAUCAACACGGAUUAUACGAACUCUCUGUUCUUGUCCAAGUCUAGCCCGCGCUCGCCGGAUAUCGAGUUCGUUAAGAUGUACAAUGCUCAGGUCGAGAGUAAAGCCCCGGGUCAUCUGGGUGAUGACCUACACCCGCGGAUUAUCAAUGUCCAGACGGAUAUUUCGAUCCUUCCUGGGAAUGACUCGACUACUAGACUGAACACCUGA